CAAAGCAGCGUUAUGAAGCUGGAACUGAAAAGUCACUUUAUUAAACAAUGAGGCCGAUUGUACCCGAUACAGCAAAACUGAAAUACCCCUGCUAUGUGCCAAGGAAUGAUUUUUUCAGAAGAUAAGAUAUAUCCAUUACACAUACCCAAUUGCAACACCUAAUUCUCGAUGAGAAGCUGAUUGUUAAGAGAAGAAGCUUAAGAUAGAACAUCUUGUACACCUUCUGAUGCAGAAUGACGAUGCUACGAUUUGUGUGGUUCAGUCCUUUACUUUUAGGAAUACUUACUUCACCAUCGCCAAAACUGUCCCCAACCACCAGUUUAAAUGAAGAUAGACAGCCCUGUUACAUCUUCAACUCUGGUCUCUCUGCCGACUGCCUUGGCAGACGACUGGAUCACGUUCCAUGGAAGCACAUGCCUUCCACUCUUGUCGAAGUUGACCUCUCCUAUAACGAACUUCCUGCUGUCCUUAUUAAUGACUUCUCCCACCUCCCUAACCUUCGGAUCCUUCAGCUGCAGUACAACAACAUUUCACUUAUUGAGGAUGAUGCCUUCCAGUCCAACCUCCUCCUGGAACACCUCGACCUGUUCAACAACUCCCUAAGAGAAAUUCCAGCCAGAGCCUUGCAGCCCCUCAUUAAUCUAAAACAUCUCUUCAUGUCUAAUAACAUCUACCAACAUGCCACCCUAGCCACCAGCUUCUCUAGAUUCCUCCACCUACAGACUCUUUCCAUGGGUGGUCCCCUAGUUCAGGGUCUAAAGAAAGGAGACUUCCAUCCAAUAAAAAACAUAAAACUAAGGAGUUUUGCUAUUAAGUGUUCGUCCAAUCUAAGUUACUAUGAACCUGGCAGUUUGGAGGUCAUACAGACACAGUUUUUGGGAAUUGACAUUGCUGUAGAUCAAAGACCAAAUGCUCUGACUAUGAUGUUGCAAGACCUGGCCAACAAGACUUUCACUGUCCUCCAAUUCCGAAAUCUCUUUGAAUUUAAGUAUUACAUGGAAGAAAAUGAUAUUUUUAGUGGUCUGAAAUAUAUCAGUGCAAAUCAGCUCCUCUUUCACAGAGGCAAAUACAAUGAGAAUCUCUUGAGGAUGGCUCUGGUGAAUCUUCAAGUCAGCCCAGUUAAAAUGCUGAGACUUCAGUAUAUUGACUUUGCCCGUUCGCCAACCUUUGAGGAUAGUGGCUUAGAAUCCAGUGUGACCGACCUUGCACUGGAGAGACUAGAUCUUUGGCAUAUCAGUAAUCCAGAUAUCUUGCGUUUUGACUGGCGCUUCACCUGGUUCAACAAAAUUAGACAGUUGUCCAUCCAAAAUGUCAACUUCAACUUUGUGCCUUGCGACGCUUGGCUUCAGAUGUCUCACGUGGAGGAUUUGGAUGUCUCCAACAACAGACUGCUUGACAAUGCUCUUUUCAACCAACGCUGCGAAUACUAUGGCACAAUGCCAUCUCUUCGUUCCUUCAAUCUAAGCACCAACUAUCUCACCAGCCUGAGAGAAAUAUCUUCACUAACCAAGGAGUUCCGACUGCUGCAGGUAUUGGAUGUCAGCAAUAACCAGCUAGGAUCAGCUGAGAAGAGUACCAACUGUGUCUGGAAACAGAGUAUCACUCAUUUGAUUGCUCACCAUAACCCAUUUGAAAGUGAUGCCCUACAGUGUCUUCCCACCACAGUGCAGUUUCUAGACCUCUCGUACUGUGACCUGGAUCAGCUGAACAUUCAUUACUUUGAGAAAACCACUGGCCUUAAAGAACUACUACUCAGUGGGAACAAGAUUAAGUUCAUUCCGUCAGAUUGGAAAAGCUCCUCACUGCAGUCUUUGGCAUUAGAUGGUAACUCUUUCGGGCUCAUCAGCAUGGCUUCCUUUCAGAAAAUGCCGCAAUUGUCUCAGUUGAGGGCUGGGAACAACCCUUAUCAUUGCACCUGCGAUCUUCACACAUUUAUCCAAGACAACAUGUCAAAGGGAAAGGUCAACAUCACUGACUGGCCUACAAAUUACAAAUGCUACCACCCAGAGGCUCUACUUAAUACAUUAAUAGCAGAAUAUUUCCCUGGUCACGUGGCCUGCGAUAUCAGGCUGGUUGUCAUCAUCUGUGUAGUCGUCACAGCAACAGUGGUACUAGUGCUGAUGUUAUUGUGCUAUAAAUUUAAUGUUGCCUGGUAUAUUAGAGCUACUUAUCAGAUUAUAAGAGCCAAAUACAGAGCGCAUAAGGAAGGGACAGCAGAAUCACAGACUUUUGCCUAUGACGCCUUCAUCUCCUACAGCCACUAUGAUGCUGACUGGGUUAGGGACCAACUUUUGCCCUGCUUGGAAACCAGCAAGCCACCCUACAACCUCUGUAUCCAUGAGAGGGACUUCAUGCCAGGAAAAUGGAUUAUUGACAACAUCAUUGAAAAUAUAGAAAACAGCGGCAAGGUAAUCUUUGUUCUUUCCCGUCACUUUGUGGACAGCGAUUGGUGCAACUACGAACUGUAUUUUGCCCAGCAGAGAGCCAUCGGCAAGACCUUUAGUGAUGUUAUUCUGGUGGUAAAAGAGCCCAUCGACCCAGAAUCCUUGCCCAGCAAGUAUUGUAAGCUCAAGAAGAUGCUACACACCAAGACCUACAUUGAGUGGCCACAGCAAGCCAAUCAGCAGGCUUUCUUCUGGGCACAAGUUAGAAGUGUUCUUGGCAAGCCCUUUCUGACUAGAGAGCAGGAAGCUCCUAGUGUUAGUAGAAAGGUCUCCUCAGUUGGUUUUGUAUCUAUUGAGCUCCCCCUGGAGGAGGGAAAGCCUGAAAUAGCUAUCACCCAGCCAAAGAGUAUAGAACAACAAGAGGCAAAACUCUGAUGUUCUUUUGGUAACAGCCACUAGGUGGUGCUUCGGUAGUUGGAACGUUCUAUUGGCUUUCACUUUUUGUCAUAAGUUAUUUGACCCAGCUAAAUGAAGAGGGGGAGUUCCAAAGAGAACUUUCACCGAAGACUGAUUGUUGUUCAGUGAGCAGUACUGAGAUUAAUAUCCAGAGGUCUAAUCCUGUAGUCAGUCAAACAUGGAAUACAGAAUGCAUUUGUGUGUACGUAUUGGCUUGCUUAGAGCACAAUAUAAUCAGCAACAGAAGCUGGAGAAGCGUCUGUAGCCAUCAUAAGCCAAAGAAGGAAAGUAUUUUUCUCCUUAUGCUUGCAAUGAGAUUACCUCUGUCCUUUACAGAGUUGCUUAUUGGCCAUUCUGUGCCAGAUUGAAGUUGGAUGUGCUUUCUAUAAAUGGCAACCCCGGCCAAUAUCUUGUUGAGAUGACUGAAAAUAACACAAUUACCCCAGUGGCCAUCCCUCGUUCAUGCCACCCAGGGCAGAGAAGCAACUUUUUCCACUCUGAGAGACCCAGACCGUUGACAGGUAUUGAAAAGCUCAAAUGGGAUCUUCUCUGUCGCACUUGUGGAUAACAAGCAAGGUGCCAGUGACAUGUGGUGACAGCUGUUACACAGCACUGGUACACUCCCACCCUUGGAUGCCUCCCAUCUCACACAAGCUGAAUAUAAUCUGUUUUGCUGGGUGAAAAGACACACAAACUGUAUAAAAUAUCUGAUGGGUCAAAAGGUACAUAAGAAGAGGAAUGUCAUCUGGCAGGGUAAAGGGCAUGCAUGCCACAUAUAUGACAGGAAGUCAUGCAAAUGUUUUAUUGAGCGACAUAUGGGACCAGCCUGCUGAUUUUCCACAUUCUUGAGACUUGAUGAUGCCUAUCAAAUUGUUUUAUGUCAAUAGUUUCUGCAAUAGUAUUAUACAAAAGUCUGUAUGUUUAUAAUAAUAUCUUAUAACAGUAUUUCACGCAAAUACAUUUGUUAUCAUUUGACUCAGAAGACCAGUGGAUGACAUCAUUUCACAAUCUUUGGUGAAUUUGUAGAGUUACGCACAAGAAGUGUAGAACCAUCACAGAAACUGGCAGACAUGUUGGACAUCAGACUGUAAAUUGUGUUCUGUUAUACUUUGCACUGUAUGUAUCUAUACAAAUGUUUCUAUUUUUGAAAUUUGUGACAUUUCCAGAUGUCCCUAAAUACAAAUAUUCUGCUUACAUUUAUUUAGAAAAUGGUGUGCUUUGUGUUGAUCAUUUUUACUAAAACAAAUACGCAGGUUGUUAGAAGUUCACAUUCUUAGUUUUACUGGAGCUCAGUCAGUAAUAAGAGAUGCCAUCUUCAGUUUCCAACACAAAAGGGAAAGGUAUCUGGGUUACUAAGGUCGGCAUUUACUCAAGUGAGGUCACUCCAGCCAGCCCAGCUAUUGUGGCCAUGACAUGACUAGGCUAGAUAAAUGAUUUCCACCAAGACUCAUUAGUUCUGCACCCAGCUAAUCUUGUCAUGGAAAGUGGAUUGCACUGCAACAGAAGUUCAACUGAAUGACAUAUAAAUGCUUGCUUUGCAUUGAAUAAUCUACCCCUGAAGUUCAAGUUUAAGGCAGUAUUUUAUCAGCAUUGAGUUUGCAUCAUCCUUAUGAAAAUAAGAGGUAU